ACGAACUUUUAGAUUGAAGAUCUGCAGGACCAGAACCAGGACUAGGACUCGGAGAUGGACCGGGAUCAGAACCAGGACUCGGAGAUGGACCGGGAUCAGAACCAGGACUCGGAGAUGGACCGGGAUCAGAACCAGGACUCGGAGAUGGACCGGGAUCAGAACCAGGACUCGGAGAUGGACCGGGAUCAGAACCAGGACCAGGAGUCCAGCAUCAGGACCAAAGCGGGAUCUUCCUCUGCUGGUCUGCAGAAACAUAGAGGCAAAGAGAAAACCACAAGUUAUCGCUGUGAUCACUGCAAGAAAGUCCUCACCACUUCAUCAGGUCUGAGAAAACAUAAAAUGACUCACACUGGAGAUAAACCGUUCACUUGUGAUCAGUGUGGAGCAGCUUUUACCAGACAAGAUAAUCUAAGGACUCACCAACGUAUUCACACUGGAGAUAAACCGUUCACUUGUGAUCAGUGUGGAGCAGCUUUUACCAGAGGAGAUAAUCUAAGGAAUCACCAACGUAUUCACACUGGAGAUAAACCGUUCACUUGUGAUCAUUGUGGAGCAGCUUUUACCCAACAAGGUAGUCUAAGGACUCACCAACUUAUUCACACUGGAGAUAAACCGUUCACUUGUGAUCAGUGUGGGGCAGCUUUUACCACAUCAAGUGAUUUAAGGACUCACCAACGUAUUCACACUGGAGAUAAACCGUUCAGAUGUGAACAGUGUGGAGCAGCUUUUACCACAUCAAGUCAGCUAAAGAUUCACCAACGUAUUCACACUGGAGAUAAACCGUUUACUUGUGAUCAGUGUGGAGCAGCUUUUACCCAACAAGGUAGUCUAAUCAUUCACCAACGUAUUCACACUGGAGAUAAACCGUUCAGAUGUGAACAGUGUGGAGCAGCUUUUACCCAACGAGGUAAUCUCAGGACUCACAAACGUAUUCACACUGGAGAUAAACCGUUCACUUGUGAUCAGUGUGGAGCAGCUUUUACCCAACAAGGUAAUCUCAGGACUCACAAACGUAUUCACACUGGAGAUAAACCGUUCACUUGUGAUCAGUGUGGGGCAGCUUUUACCACAUCAAGUUAUCUAAAUAUUCACCAACGUAUUCACACUGGAGAUAAACCGUUCAGAUGUGAUCAGUGUGGAGCAGCUUUUACCACGUCAAGUCAGCUAAAGAAGCACAAAUGUACUCACACGAGUGAUAAACUGUAAAGAUGUCAUCAGUAUGAAGUGCGGAAUUGCAAAAAACACCUCAGCACAGCAAAAAAAAAAAGCAAAAUAAUCAGACGUCAUACCAAAACUUGAAAGACUAACAUAUGAUUCCCCCUGGACACCUCCUGGGAAGGUGUUCCUGGCAUGUCCCACCAGGAGAAGAUCCAGGACACACCGGAGGGAAUGUCUUUUGCCUGACCUGGGAACGUCUCUGGAUCCCUCCAGAAGAGCUGGAGGAAAUGUGUGGGGUGAGGGAAGUCUGGACAUCUCUGCUCAGACUGCUGCCCCCGCUAAACAGUCCCACAUCAAGUGGAUGAAUAUGGAUGGAUGGACAAAAUCCAUAUAUCUGCAAAAAGCACAACUUUAUUGUAACACCAUACUGAGAUACAGACUGUAAUCUAACUAUAGUAUGAACUAUUCCACAAAUACUGCAUUAGCACAUCUCUAAUAUCUCUGCCUUCCUCCUCUCCACCCCGAGCCACUGCCACCACUGGCUGAAGUGGUGCUGCUGCAGGUACAUCCUAUGAAGUUUCUUACGUCUUUCCAUGACUUUCACACGGAUUAUGCAGUGGACAGGAAGUCAUCACCAUUCAUUUCACCAGUCGGACAUCACAGAAGGCAACCUACUGAAUUCAUCUUCCACAACCACUCGUGCUCGGUUGACUUUGUGCUUAAACGCAGACUGUUCUGCUGUCAGUCGUCCAGUGUCAUGGAAUGGUUUCAAGAGCCAGUCCUGCAAAGGAUAAGUAGAGUCUCCAAGAAGGAAAUACCCAGCAGUCACUGUAUAUUCCUGAUGUGAGCUAGGAAGAUGUUCCUCCGACUGGCUAACUCCUGUUUAUGUAUUAUAUAUGUAAUCAACCAUUUGUCCUUGAGAGCUGAACUUUCAGGAUCGAUUCCUCGAAUGCUUUGUUAAAUUUGCCCCUUUUUAACAUUUCUUGAUAUUUUGAUGUUAAAUCCACUGUUUUUGGCAAUUUCUGAGGUUUUGUCCGUUGGCGACACUCACUGGUGAUGCAUUGAAGUCCAGUAUAUGAGGAAACAUGACGUCAAUAAGUUCACGACCACAAGUGGACAUGACAGUCCCCACAUCACCAGUGUUGUGCUAUGUCUAUUGAUCAUGUGAACUCUGAACUUAUAAAUGUUUGUGAACAUUUUGUGAACGUGUAUUUCAACUUUAAAAGUCGGUUCAACCCCGACCAGCCUCCUACAAUGGCCGCCUUGUCCAGAACUACAAGACCCGCAUGCUUUGCGAGUGGGGGCGGCACCUAAAAGCGCUGCGCAUCCAAUCACAAGUGAGGUGCUGGUGACGUCAGCCAAGCUGGUUGGUUCGUCCAGCUUGGCCUCGUGCCAAGAGCCCAUCAGUAUCACACCUUUCCCCCGGCUGGGGCGAGGCAGGAGGCCUGCAUCGGACCGGGCCCGCGGAGCCCGCCCGUUGGAGCCGCGGUCUCCGGGAGGCUCCGGCCUCUCACUAAACUCUGUCCUCUUUAAGUUGCAGAUCCGAGCUCACGAGCCCACGCGCUCCCGGCCAUCAGAUCGGGAGAUUGCUGCGACUUGAAGCUCCGACUGAAGCCCCCCUUCCCCGCUCCGAGCUCCUGUUGCAUCAGGAACCAGGAUGUUUUCCUGGACAGACGGCCGGCAUCUCGCCCAGCUGUGAGCUGCCUUGCCGGGCCCGGACGGCCGCGCGUCGGCCACCGGCGAGCAGGGACGCACGGCAACGAAUGACCGCCCCCCCCCCCCCCGCCUAGGACCGCGUGAGAGCCUCCGUUGAUCCGGACACGCCGCUGUCCAAAACGUUCAGAACUGAGAUUACUGCAUACAUCAUCAUCAUCAUUGUGUUCGUUAUGUUGUAGUCGCCAUUUUCUGCCAGUCAUUCACGUUUGAAACGCCCGCGUUUGCCAUCCGGUCUAGUUGCAAGUGGCGAGGACGCGUCUAUCUUUAAAAUACCAGAGUCCCGCCAUCUUUAAACACUGCAGCCACGUUGUUUGAACCUGUUUUGUUUGAUAGUGUUUAUUAUUGUUUGAGUCCAUGCAUUUAACUUUCAUUUCAUUUUUCUUGUUGUUGUUUUUCUUGUUAGUUAAUGUUUUUUGUUUAUCGUAGUGUGCCAUCAGGAUUUAUUUUGGGUAUUUAUUUACAUCUGCUUUGG